CGAGUCUGACACAGGCAGGGCGCAGACAGGUCGGUCCGGGGCCGUCCCCCGCUCCCGUCGGCUCCAGCAUGCCGUCCAGAGAGUCCUGGCCAGGGCACAGAGCGAACAGGUCCGCGGUGCGCAGCUCGAAGCAGGAGAGCCGUCAGCAAGAUUUACUGAUAGCAGCCUUGGGGAUGAAACUGGGUGCUCGCAAGUCGUCUGUGACAAUCUGGCAACCUCUUAAACUCUUUGCUUAUUCACAGUUGACAUCACUUGUCAGAAGAGCAACUCUGAAAGAAAAUGAGCAUAUUCCGAAAUACGAGAAGAUUCAUAACUUCAAGGUGCACACGUUCAGGGGCCCGCACUGGUGUGAAUACUGCGCCAACUUUAUGUGGGGUCUCAUUGCUCAGGGAGUAAAAUGUGCAGAUUGUGGUUUAAAUGUGCACAAGCAAUGUUCCAAGAUGGUCCCAAAUGACUGCAAGCCAGACCUGAAGCAUGUCAAAAAAGUAUACAGCUGUGACCUUACAACGCUAGUAAAAGCGCACUUCACUAAGAGACCAAUGGUAGUAGAUAUGUGCAUUAGGGAAAUUGAAUCUAGAGGUCUUAAUUCUGAAGGACUAUACAGAGUCUCAGGAUUUAGUGAUCUUAUUGAAGACGUCAAAAUGGCAUUUGACAGAGAUGGAGAAAAAGCUGAUAUUUCUGUGAAUAUGUAUGAAGAUAUCAAUAUUAUCACUGGUGCACUUAAACUGUACUUCAGGGAUUUGCCAAUUCCACUCAUCACGUAUGAUGCCUACCCAAAGUUUAUAGAGUCAGCAAAAACCACCGAUCCGGAUGAACAGCUGGAAAUUCUCCAUGAGGCGCUGAAACUGCUGCCGCCUGCACACUGUGAAACUUUACGGUAUCUCAUGGCACAUCUGAAGAGAGUAACACUCCAUGAAAAGGAAAAUCUGAUGAGUGCAGAGAAUCUGGGCAUAGUUUUUGGACCAACUCUUAUGAGAGCGCCAGAACUGGAUGCGAUGGCUGCAUUGAAUGACAUCCGUUAUCAGAGACUUGUGGUGGAGAUGCUUAUAAAAAAUGAAGACAUUUUAUUUUGAAUAUUUUGGGGGUUUUGUAAUAAAAAAAGGAAGCAACAGUGUUCUAUGGAUGGAAAGGAAUAUUUUAAAGUAAUUUAAUGGCUCUUGUCGCUCAAUUCCAUAUUUGCUAGAGCUUUCGAUGUAUUCAGGGUAAAAAUGAAGGAACUCUUUGUCGUUUCUGUAGUGCCAUUCAGCUGAUGUUGAAAAAGGUUAACACAUACUUUCCAGUACUAGUAAUCCUGGGUGUUUAUCAUGGUAAAAUAAAUAACAAAAAAGCCUAAAGCUAUUGCAUGAUUUGCUCCCUGUUCUCCCUGUUCUGGUGAGACUCAUUCCAUGAAGAAAACAACUGAACUGGUGCAGCAUCUUUGUUCUGGAUAGUUUGUGAUUGUAAUUCAGCAUGUUUCUCCGUGUAAACCUGUUGUGAAUUUGCUUUUAUGUUCUAUGUAAUUGGUUUCUGAUACUAAAAAGAAGGCCAACUUACGUGAAGUGGAGCCUCUGGCAGUUUAUUGACAUUUCAUAUCAUUCUCUGCCACUUUUGGGGCUGAUUUCUUCUUGUUUUUUUUCAGUUUUUUCAUCAUGCAGUAAUUUGUUUUUAACAGAAACAAAAUGUGUACUUUAAAUGUUACUUUAAGUAAUUCUCCAUGAUGUUUAUGGUGGUUGCAGUGAAAACUGCAAUGCUGAACGGUGUUCCUUUAUUAUUAUUGCUAUUUCAAUUGUAAUUUUGUAUUUUUAUCUGGCAUGCAUAUAUUAAUUUAUUAAAUUUUGCUUUUAGAACUCUAA